GGAGAGUUUUCAAAAGUCUGAAGCAGAGAGACAUACUUACAUAUGUGUGAUUCUUCCCUAAGAGGAAUUCUCAAAAAUCAAAGCAUCUCUCCUCUUCUUCCUAAACGUCGACGAGUGGAGUCCUUGGCGCGAUCAAGAUUCAAAAGAAAUUCGGGGACUACUACUACUCAAGACUAAAUAAGAUAGGAAAUGGGUUGAUACAAAGAAGUUGUCCUUUUAAGAAUUCCAUCACUAGGAGUUGGAAAGUCUGAACCAGAGACUUUGGUGUGCUUCUCCAAAAACGACGAGAGUCCAGCGUCUAGCAGUAUCAAGCAACUCUCUUCUUACUAGAUUCUUUCACACCAUCAAGAGAUGGUUCAGGGGCAUUUUCGUCGAAUUUGGCUGAAUGACUUAAUGGUGGAAGACUCCAUCCACUUUGCCAAAUCCUGCAGUAAAAACAUGGUCAACGGCUACUGUGUAUAAUUUACCCUUUAUUAAAUAGGGUUUCAAACAAAUAAAUAGGAGCCAUUAUGGCAGGGGAACUUGUGUCGUUUGCAGUAAACAAGCUUUGGGACCUACUGAGCCAUGAAUACACGCUAUUUCAGGGAGUCGAAGAUCAAGUAGCUGAACUAAAAAGUGAUCUAAACUUGCUAAAGUCGUUUUUGAAAGAUGCAGAUGCCAAGAAACACACAAGCGCAUUGGUGAGAUACUGUGUGGAGGAGAUAAAGGAUAUUGUUUAUGACGCAGAGGAUGUACUCGAAACAUUUGUACAAAAGGAAAAGCUUGGUACAACAAGUGGAAUCAGGAAGCAUAUCAAAAGACUUACUUGCAUUGUUCCAGAUCGCAGGGAAAUUGCAUUAUAUAUCGGACACGUAAGUAAGAGGAUCACCAGGGUUAUACGUGAUAUGCAGAGUUUUGGAGUACAACAAAUGAUUGUCGAUGACUAUAUGCAUCCUCUACGUAAUAGAGAAAGGGAGAUACGACGAACAUUUCCUAAGGACAAUGAAAGUGGUUUUGUGGCGUUGGAGGAAAAUGUUAAAAAGUUAGUUGGAUAUUUUGUGGAGGAAGAUAACUAUCAAGUGGUUUCCAUAACUGGAAUGGGUGGUCUCGGUAAAACCACCCUUGCUAGACAAGUUUUUAACCACGAUAUGGUUACAAAGAAGUUUGAUAAACUAGCAUGGGUGAGUGUUUCACAAGAUUUUACCCUGAAGAAUGUAUGGCAAAAUAUUUUGGGGGAUCUCAAACCCAAAGAAGAAGAAACCAAAGAAGAAGAAAAGAAAAUCUUGGAGAUGACAGAAUAUACACUCCAACGUGAACUAUAUCAAUUGUUGGAAAUGUCUAAGUCGUUAAUUGUCCUUGACGACAUAUGGAAGAAGGAAGAUUGGGAAGUAAUCAAGCCAAUAUUUCCACCGACAAAAGGUUGGAAACUGCUGCUUACUUCUCGAAAUGAGAGUAUCGUUGCGCCUACAAAUACAAAAUAUUUCAACUUUAAACCAGAAUGCCUAAAGACUGAUGACAGUUGGAAACUUUUUCAAAGGAUAGCAUUUCCUAUAAAUGAUGCAUCUGAAUUUGAGAUUGAUGAGGAAAUGGAAAAGUUGGGUGAGAAAAUGAUCGAACAUUGUGGAGGGCUACCAUUGGCUAUCAAAGUGUUAGGAGGUAUGUUAGCUGAAAAAUACACAUCGCAUGAUUGGAGAAGAUUAUCUGAGAAUAUUGGAUCUCAUCUCGUGGGAGGAAGAACUAACUUUAAUGACGACAACAACAAUUCAUGUAACUAUGUAUUGUCUUUGAGCUUUGAAGAAUUGCCAAGUUAUUUGAAGCAUUGUUUCCUCUACUUGGCCCAUUUUCCAGAAGAUUAUGAGAUAAAGGUAGAGAAUUUGUCAUAUUACUGGGCUGCAGAAGAAAUAUUCCAACCUAGGCAUUACGAUGGAGAAAUCAUUCGAGAUGUUGGAGAUGUCUACAUAGAGGAGCUGGUGAGGAGGAAUAUGGUCAUUUCCGAAAGAGAUGUAAAGACUUCGAGAUUUGAAACUUGUCAUUUGCAUGACAUGAUGAGAGAAGUUUGUUUGUUAAAAGCUAAAGAAGAAAACUUCCUACAAAUUACCAGUAACCCCCCUUCAACUGCAAAUUUUCAGUCUACUGUCACAUCUCGCAGGCUUGUCUACCAAUAUCCUACUACUUUACAUGUUGAGAAAGAUAUAAACAAUCCAAAACUUCGAUCUCUCGUGGUUGUUACCUUGGGAAGUUGGAACAUGGCAGGUUCAAGCUUUACAAGGUUAGAACUUCUAAGGGUGUUAGAUCUCGUUCAAGCCAAGUUGAAAGGAGGGAAGUUAGCUUCUUGCAUUGGAAAGCUCAUCCACUUAAGAUACUUGAGCUUAGAGUAUGCAGAGGUAACUCAUAUACCUUACUCACUAGGAAAUCUGAAGUUGUUGAUCUAUCUGAAUUUACAUAUCUCAUUAUCAUCAAGAUCCAACUUUGUGCCCAAUGUCUUGAUGGGGAUGCAAGAACUGAGAUACCUUGCGUUACCAAGCCUUAUCGAGAGGAAGACAAAACUAGAAUUGAGUAAUCUAGUAAAAUUGGAGACUUUAGAGAAUUUCUCAACAAAGAAUAGCAGCUUGGAGGAUCUUCGUGGUAUGGUCAGGCUGAGAACGCUCACCAUCGAAUUAAUUGAGGAGACGAGUUUAGAAACUCUAGCUGCAUCUAUAGGUGGAUUGAAAUACCUGGAAAAACUUGAAAUAGAUGAUCUCGGUUCUAAGAUGAGGACGAAGGAAGCGGGGAUCGUAUUUGAUUUCGUUCAUCUCAAAAGGCUAAGGUUGGAACUGUAUAUGCCUAGGCUUUCUAAAGAACAACACUUCCCUUCUCACCUUACAACCUUAUAUCUACAACAUUGUCGGUUGGAAGAGGAUCCCAUGCCGAUUCUAGAGAAGUUGCUACAGUUGAAAGAGCUUGAAUUAGGGCAUAAAUCUUUCAGUGGAAAGAAAAUGGUUUGCUCGAGCUGUGGGUUUCCUCAAUUGCAGAAGCUUUCAAUAAGCGGACUAAAGGAAUGGGAAGAUUGGAAAGUAGAAGAAAGCUCCAUGCCACUUCUUCUUACUCUCAAUAUCUUUGAUUGUCGAAAAUUAAAGCAGCUUCCUGAUGAACACCUCCCUUCUCACCUUACAGCCAUAUCUCUAAAAAAGUGUGGGUUGGAGGAUCCAAUCCCAACUCUAGAGAGAUUGGUUCACUUGAAAGAGCUAUCAUUAUCUGAACUAUGUGGGAGGAUAAUGGUUUGCACGGGCGGUGGGUUUCCUCAAUUGCACAAGCUAGACUUAUCUGAACUAGAUGGGUUGGAAGAGUGGAUAGUUGAGGAUGGCUCCAUGCCACGGCUUCAUACUCUAGAAAUUCGUAGGUGUCUAAAGUUAAAGAAGCUACCUAAUGGGUUUCCACAAUUGCAGAAUCUUCACUUAACUGAGGUAGAGGAAUGGGAAGAGGGGAUGAUAGUAAAACAAGGCUCCAUGCCCCUUCUUCAUACUCUCUAUAUCUGGCAUUGUCCAAAGCUUCCUGGUGAACAACACUUCCCUUCUCACCUUACAACCGUAUUUCUACUCGGUAUGUAUGUGGAGGAGGAUCCAAUGCGGAUUCUAGAGAAGCUGCUUCACUUGAAAAAUGUUUCUUUGUUUCAAUCUUUCAGUGGGAAGAGAAUGGUUUGCUCGGGCGGUGGGUUUCCUCAAUUGCAGAAGCUUUCAAUACGGGAAAUAGAGUGGGAAGAGUGGAUAGUAGAACAAGGCUCCAUGCCCCUUCUUCAUACUCUCUAUAUCGGGGUUUGUCCAAACUUAAAGGAGCUUCCUGAUGGGCUGCGAUUUAUCUAUUCAUUAAAAAAUUUGAUAGUAUCAAAAAGAUGGAAGAAGAGAUUGUCGGAAGGAGGAGAAGAUUAUUACAAAGUCCAACACAUUCCUUCUGUUGAAUUCGACGACUAGGAAUGCUCUCAGCAAUCACAGACAGAGCCAGGAGUCUCAUAAGCCUCUGUUUCCACCCAAAAUCAGGUCGGAAGAUAGUUGCAGGUAGGAAGCUAAUCAAACAAGACACCUUAUUUUUCACGACGAGAUGUUGAACCUGAAGAAUGUUGGACACCAUUUUGAUGGAUAAAACAUUUUCAUAGGAGAAAUGAUGUUAUAGGAGUGCUGCGGCGAAGCUCCCGUUCCUUGAGCCGGAAGUUAAAAAGGCGAAAAGCUACAGAACCCUUUUGGAAGCGGUGUUGCCUAUCUUUAAGAGCGUCGGGGGUGAUAUAACUGGGAGACUCUUGAUGAGAUGUUGGCCUAUCUGGAAUACUUCCCAGUUGCGAGACCAACGGAGCUGAACACCGUCAACAACGCACCUACAACCCAUCUCAAGAGCUUGGACACGAGGGAGAAGGUUGGUGCCUGGAUCAAACAGUGGUGCAUCCAAAACGCAAGCCAUGUAGCUUUUUGUUUCGGGUUCUACAUGGCCAUUGCGAAGAAGGGUGACCAGUUACCCUAAAGACGUCCUGCGCUUUGAGGGAACUCAGAAGACAAUUUGAACUUUUUUUCUUUAGCACUCAUAGAAGAAGAGCAAAGAGACCAAACGGAUAAUAUGAAGUCUUUACCAUCCUUAAGUGAUGUUGGUAGUGUUGUAUUUGCCAUUAUUGGCACAAGAGCUGAUCUUGCUUGGUUUGUGGGAGUGACAUGUUGUCCCAUGAUAUGUUGUCUAUCAGCUUCAGUAUAUGUUGCUAAACCAUUACAAAAGUUUUUCAAUAAUAACUUCGUGUACCAUAUUUGAAAUCAAUGAAGUAAUAUCUUUGAUCUAAUCUCGGAUUCUACGAUAAAGGGAUCUAUCCGCUUCAUCCUCCUACUUGGUCCAAGCUACAAUCUUCUUUACCUGCAAAAAAGGAAUAAAAGGCGAAAUGGAGAUCUUCCACGGCCACUCAUAUCCACCAUAGACAGAACGGUCCGAAAUAGAAUCUCAUUUAUGUAACAACUUGAUUCGAGGAAGCUUGAUGAUGGCCUCCACAUCUGCUUCCAAGCUCGGCCAUAACAAGUAGAGAAGCUCUACUUUUUCUCUCUCUAUCACUUUGUUUUAAGUUCAAAACUCUCUAAAUAAGGAUGCAUUCUUUGUAACAAAGGCUUUUGUUUUUGUUUUUUUAAAAAAU